GAGUUCUCCUGGAAGAAGAAUCCGAUGCCAGCCAUCUGUCAAGGAAGACGGGAAGUAACAGUGCAGGCUCAGUGUGCUCGGCCGCUUCAUCUGUCCGUCAGCUGCGGCAAUGAAAUACGUGGAAGUGAAGAAGUCUCCGCCGCACCUCCUGAAGCAAUUCACAGUGUGUGACAUUCCUCUGUAUGACAUUUGUGACUACAACGUCUCCAGGGACCGAUGCAAGGAGCUCGGGUGCUGCUUCUACGAAGGCGUCUGCUAUGAGAAAGCAGUUCCCAUUUAGGGGAGGAAUUGACCUGGGCAUUGAGGAGCCAUUUCCAGGGAGCUGGGGAGCACAGCAGGAACAGAGGGGCCAGCGCCAUCUCUCCACGCACCCCCGGGGGUCAGGAGCCAGCGCCGUCUCUCCACGCACCCCCGGGAUUUACAUCCACGUGUUCUCCGCCUUGAUUGUGAUCAUCGCUGGGGCCUUCGUCAUCACCAUCAUCUACAGAGUCAUUCAGGACAGCAGGAGAGAAAAGGCCAUCCCUACGGAUGUCGCGCUGCCACAGAAGUCCAGCGAAAAGGCGGAGGUGGCCUCAUCCAGCAGCAAGUUAGGGCUGAAGCCUCCGAGUCCUGGGCCUCCAAGUGCUGGGCCCUCGAUGAAGAGUGACGAGGACAAGGAUGACGUAACAGUGACAAUAACAGAAGCCGAAGAAACUGAGGACUGACUGAAAGGCACGAAGAAGUGGUGAUUGGCAGAAUUAUCCAAAUGAAAUGGUACAGCAGGUGCACUGUUAACAGUGUGAUGGAAUGACCCCCCAAUGGGUAAAAAAUGAAGGUAUUUUGAAAAUU